AUGGGCCAGGUCGAGAGCCAGGCCACUCCUCCGGCGGAGGACCCUUCUCCACCCGCCGUGGAGCCGUCGCCGCCGUCUCCUGCCCCGCCUCCAUCCUCCCUUGAGGCGCUUGCUGCAGAGGCCAUGUCGUUUGAUGAGGAUGACACUGAGGAGUCAAUCGAUGUGAAGGUACAGAAAGCUCUGGACUGUCCAUGUGUUGCUGAUUUGAAAAAUGGUCCUUGUGGAGGUCAAUUCGUCGAUGCAUUUUCCUGCUUUCUCAGGAGCACAGAAGAAGAGAAGGGAUCAGAUUGCGUGAAACCCUUCAUCGCAUUGCAGGACUGCAUCAAAGCAAAUCCAGAGGCAUUCUCUAAGGAGAUUCUAGAGGAAGAGGAGAAUGAUGAGGAGGCAGAAAAGUCCAACCUGAAAGUCAGAGCUCCAUCAUGGUCCAGAGAAUCCAAGCCUAAGAUCCGACAAACACAAUUCCUACCUCGUGUAAAAUUGUAUGACAUCAUUAUUGAGUUGCAUAAAGAGUGUGCUGCAAUGUGGGCAUACCAUUCAUCUAUAUGCCAAAUGCAUAGGGGAACUGAACCUAUUGGUGGAAAGGAAAUAUCUAUCAUUGAUCUUGUUAUUAAGGAGCAUUUCUAUCAAAACAAAGCUUCGGACUGUGCUGGCAGUGACGAGAAGCAGGAUGCAGCAGCAUGCGGCGGAUACGAAGAGGGAGACGAGGAGGAGGCGUGGCCGGCAGCAUGCUUCGGCCAGUACAGGACGCAGGUGGAGCUGCCCGAGAACGUGGACAUGGAUAAGAUCGGCGCGGAGGUGAGGGACGGCGUGCUCUACCUCACCAUACCCAAGCUGACAGCAGGGGGCAAGGUCGUCAACAUCCAGGUGCAGUGA